GCAUGUAUCCGUGUGAAAGUGUAAUUGCGAGAGAUUACUGACCCAGAUCAGGAUGAAAACAGAUUCUACUGUAAGGGUCUAAUGUCAUUUCGUGCGACAACAAUCUGACUGACACUGAGCAGAAGUCCCACAGACUACCACAGUAUUAAGUAUUCAUUGUGGUGCCAUGCUGCUGUGGGCUCAGGCGGUGUUUGUGUGGAUGACUCUUCAUCUGUCUACUCACAUCUCAGUCCAUUUUCCUCCCAAAAUCACUGUUUUCUGUAAAGGUCCUUGCUCUUAGUUGAAAGAUGCCCAAUGCAGAGUUGAGGAUGCACAGGGGGAACUCCUUCCCCUGGAAAUUGCAAAUGCAGUCCAGACCUUCCCUGUACCUGGCCUGUCUUUAUUUCCUCUGCCCUGUUACUGGGGUUUCAUCAAGCAUUUGCACAGUAACAGGAGGUGUACUGGGCAUCCACUGGAGCAGCGUUAUUGGUCUUGGCUGGCAGCCGCUGGCGAUGGACCAGGGAGGGCCUCGGUGCUGGGAAUCAUGCUGCCUGAAUCCCUCCUGUGGUGCUGUGUGGAGCCUCGGUGGCCGCUGUGUGUUACUGGCCUGUGCUCAAUCAGAAGGCUGCUCCAUCACGUCGCUCCCACAGCCUCCUAUAGAAUCUCUGGGGCUUUUGCAGCAGCUCAACAAGAGAAUGCGCAGGAGGAGGAAAGCACGCCAUGUUCAGGAUGUCAGAGACAUUAGGGAGACCGAGCGUGACAUUUCACAGGUCCAGUCUGUACAUCCCACAGCAUCGUUGACUACAACCAAAGGUCUGGCUCCUGCACAUACAGCAGGUGAAACCCUGAUCCAGUCCACCAGUGGCAGUGGAGAACAGGUGGAUCUCUCAGCAUCUGAGCAUAGUUCAACAUUGGCAGCAGACACUACGGAUCAUUCAGAAUCCAACAACAGUAAUCAGUUACCACAAGCCACAUCUGACACCCAUUCAGUGGCUCCACCAACAACACCAGCUGUGCGGCAACUAGUUGUAUCUGCUGGCAACAGUGUGGAGGUCACUUUACCGCGCAAUGAGGUGGAGCUGAAUGCUUUUGUAGUGCCAGCACCCCCUUCAGGUACUGCUCUAAAGACUAACUAUGCCUUUGACUGGCGUUUGAGGACACAUCCAAAAGACUAUAGUGGAGAGAUGGAGGGUAAACGCAGCAAGACACUCAAGCUCAGUAAGCUGACAGUGGGUCUGUAUGAGUUCGAGGUGGUAGUGGAUGGUGAUGGGGCACAUGGGGAAGGAUACGUCAACGUUACUGUCAAACCAGAGCCAAGAGUGAACAAGCCACCUGUUGCUGUGGUUUCCCCAAAGUAUCAGGAAAUCUCCUUGCCAACAAGUUCCACUGUGAUUGAUGGCAGCCAGAGUACUGAUGAUGAUAAAGUGAUGUCAUGGCAUUGGGAGGAGGUGAAGGGGCCACUUCGAGAAGAAAAGGCCUCCGGUGAUACUGCCAUUCUCACCCUGAACAACCUGGUUCCUGGCAACUACACCUUCAGUCUCACAGUGACUGACUCAGACGGAGCUCAGAAUUCAACCCAAGCCAUGUUAUUAGUCAACAAGGCCACGGACUACAGGCCUACAGCUAAUGCUGGACCCAACCAAGUGAUCACACUGCCAAGAAACUAUAUCACACUGUAUGGCAACCAAAGCACUGACGACCAUGAGAAUCUGUCCUAUGAGUGGUCACUCAGCCCUGAGAGUAAGGGCAAAGUGGUGGAAAUGCAGGGCGUGAGGACGCCCAUUGUGCAGCUUUCUGCCAUGCAGGAGGGCGAUUACACCAUUCAGCUGACUGUCACUGACCUGUCUGAGCAGCAAGACACGGCUCAGGUCACGGUCAUCGUCCAGCCAGAGAAUAACAAGCCCCCUGUAGCGGAUGCAGGUCCAGACAAAGAACUCACGCUGCCUGUCGAUCGGACCACGCUGGAUGGCACCAAGAGCAGCGAUGACCAAAAAAUCAGCACGUAUCACUGGACAAAGACCAAGGGCCCGGAUGGGGUGAAAAUUGAAAAUGCAGACACUGCUGUUGCCACGGUGACAGGUCUGCAGGAGGGCGAGUACAUUUUCAUGCUGACUGUGAGGGAUGAAAGGAAACUGGAGAAUUCUGAUAUAGUCUCUGUCAUUGUCAGGGAAGAGGAUGACCAGCCGCCCAUUGCCAAGGUUCUGUCUAGUCCUCCAAUCACUCUACCCAUCCGCACUGCAGUUCUGGAUGGUUCCCGAUCAUCAGAUGAUAACGGUGGUAUCAGCUUCCUCUGGAGCCGAGAAGACAGUAGCCCAGCAGCAGGGGAUAUCCUGAAUAACUCUGACCAUCAGGCAGUGCUUUUUCUUAGUAAUCUGGUGGAAGGGAAAUACACUUUCACACUGACUGUGACAGACAGCAAAGGAAAGACCAGUACUGAUAGAGGCACUGUGGAGGUUCGAGCAGAUGCCUAUGAUCGAGACUUGGUGGAGCUGAUCCUGGAAGUUGCUGUGACCCAGGUGUCUCGAAGACAGAAGGAUAUGUUGAUCCGCCAGGUUGGGGUCCUCCUGGGCGUCCUGGACAGUGACAUCACUGUGCGAGAGAUUAAUGCCUUCAAUGAGCGCAGCACCCGCCUGGUAUUUCUUGUGUCUGGAGGCCCUGGACGACCCCCCUUGUCUGGCCAUAGUGUUGCUAUGGAACUACGCAACAAACUUCGCAAGCAAAAAAAUGACUUCCUUAUCUUUAAGGCCCGACGGGUGGACACAGUCAUCUGCCAGCUGAACUGCUCCAGUCAUGGGGACUGCGAUUCCUUCACCAGACGCUGUGUUUGCCACCCAUUCUGGAUGGAGAAUUUAUUCAGAAUUUAUCUUGGUGAUGCCGAAAGCAACUGUGAAUGGAGUGUUUUAUAUGUGACUAUCGCAUCAUUCAUGAUCAUGGUUGCCAUAGCAACUGUAGUCUGGGGUAUGGUGUGCUGCUGUAGAAGAAGGAAAAACAAAGCAAGACGAAGGAGUCGUUACAAAAUGCUGGAGAGAGAUGAGCAAGAGCCUCUGGAAUUAAAGAUACCAAGAGCAGGUCGCUUGAAGCCAGUUCCAGCUCCCACCUCUUCGGCACUCAUGCUCUCAGAUUCCGAUCUGGAAAGUGAGGACGGCCAGGCAGGCAUCCCUUGGGCUGACAGAGAGCGUGGAAAACUCCUGCCACCUCAAAAUGGAUCUGUUCGCAAUGGCCAAGGCCCCCAUAAACCUAAAAUACAAAGGGAGGCGCUGCUUUAACGAAAGGAAACCUCACUAUUGCACCAACACACUGUUCACCCCUCAUCAAGGUGUCUCUAAAGACAAGUUUUAUUUUAAAAAGAACCUGAAGGACUUAAAGGUGACCCCUGACACUGCUUCCCAGGGUUGAAUCCCUACCCAUUCUGAGCCAAACUGAAAAUAUAUUCAUACCCCAAUGGUGGAAAGAGAUCGAAAUAUUUCUUUAAUAACAGGGAAUUUAUCUCUUGGCUUCUGUCUGUACAGAACUUGCCAAAUCUGUAGAGCCACACACCUCAAAAGACAUUGAGAAUGUAUUUGCUUAACUGCUGAGAGAUACGUAUUGUACAGAUGGCAACUGGAAAAGGUUUUGCGUGUCAAAGUAGCUCUCUUAUGACUACUUCUUCCAACAACAAUGUUACACAGAGAUAACUGAGCCUGCCACUGUCCUCUCCCUACAAGGCUUCCUGAUACAGCAGCCUGUCACUUCCAAAUGCUGCCCGGCACGCUAGUUGAGUUUUCUGUGGUAAUAAUGCAGACAGUGAGUCCUAACAAUGCCAAGUUGUGUGACUGCAUGAGAAGGGUUUUUUUCAUUGGUUAUUUUUUAUUUAGUUUGCAUGUAUUAAAUUGAGAAUGUGUGUGCUAAGUUUGUGUCUCUUUGGUCUUGUUGGCUGUAUGUGUGUGUCUGAGGUGGGUUUUGCUACUUUUAACACCCCUGGAUUAUAUGGAAGUCUGCAGCAUAAAAGCCAUGAUUUUCAAUGUUAGGAAGAGGCAUAUCUUACACUGGGUAAUGUGUUGGAUGUUACACUGGGGACGAUCACUUGAUUCACGCUCCUUUCUUCACUGUUCUUGAGAAUGGAUAUGACUAAAAGGGUCUGACUUGCUCCUCACCUCAACAUCUCAAACCCAGAUGUCCUUUUACAGUCAUGUCAGUUUUUAAUUUAUUUUAAUAGCAAACCUUAUACAGGUUUUGUUUCUCCUGGCUUGCAUUGGAACUGUAUGUUUCUCUUUUUGGUUUUCUGAUAUUGCUUAUUGACUAGAAAUGUUCUGUCUGUUUUAAAAUAAGUUUCUGCUCAGCCUUUUGUGAUGAGGCACUCCAAUUCUAAUGUUCCUUGUAUUGGUUUGUUAUGAAGGUCUGAAUGUUAACUACAUGAUGUGUGUGUGCAAUCUCCCACAUGUCUUGUACAUUGUGAAUGCAUGGGUGUUUGAACCCCCUAUGCCAGAGACUGGAAAAAAAUGAAGGGAUUCCUUUGAUUUUGAUUUUUCACUAAAAACAAAAAUGAAGUAUUCAAUUUCAUGUGACUUCUAAAACAACUUGAUUAAAUAAAA